AUGGCACUGUACCGCGCAGAUCAUUCUGGCAUCGCUGAUUUGUCGCGCUUGGGGCUUGCAAACUGUGUUCCACCUUGGCACGCCAUCGACACCAGCUUGACCUGUUACAGGACCAUGCCGCUCUUUCUGCUGCUUCGAGUCGGAGAAGAGAUGCAGCACCGGGAACAGACAGCAUGUCUGAUCGGCGACGGGCGUUUCCGCGUGAGGCGUAUGGCAGAAGCAGUGCUGUAG